AUGCACUUCGCCAUGCCUCCACGGAAAACUUCGCGGCCGCCGCCCUAUGCAUCGAGAGGCCACAGCUCGAUGAUACCGCCUGCGCUGAAGAAGCUGUUGCGACGAGAUAAGAUGCGAGUGGUAGCACUGGGCAUAUUGAGCUUCAUGGGCACACUAUGGCUGCUUGGCAUAAUAGGUGGUGGUGGCCAACCAUCAAAGGGUUCCCGGUGGGAGGCAGUCAACAUUCCCAAGGUCGCCAUUGGCAGUGGGCCACCCGUGGUCAUAGUGACUGUCUUGGACCCCAAGGCGGAUCCAACAUGGUCGCAGAAGAUCAAGAAGAACCGCGACGACUACGCUAAGCGCCACGGCUAUCUAACCUUCUUCCCCUCCCCCGACACAUAUCCCCUUUCUGGUGCUCCUUCCUCUUGGGCGCGCGUUCCCGCCAUUCGUCACGCAAUGACGGUCCACUCCGGCUCCACGUACUUCUGGUAUCUUGAUGCCACCGCGCUCAUCAUGAACCCCUCGCUACCCCUCGAAGCACACCUCCUGAACCCUGCGCGUCUCGAGAAAGUCAUGAUUACCAACGCACCUGUCGUCCCACCCGAUAGUGUCAUCAAGACCUUUGCAAACCUCAAAGGCGACCGGAUCGACUUUGUCGUCACACAGGACAAAGAUGGUCUUGCCCCCAGCAGUUUUGUCGUACGAAACGGAGAAUGGGCAAAAUACUUUUUAGACGUCUGGUUUGAUCCCAUUUACCGCAGUUAUAAUUUUCAAAAAGCCGAAACGCAUGCUCUGGAGCACAUCGUGCAAUGGCAUGGCACUAUCCUGGCCAAACUCGCAAUGGUGCCUCAGAACCUCCUCAACGCCUAUGUCUCUGGCCCCGCAUCCGAAAGCUACGGGCAGUUCAGGGACGGCGAUCUCGUCGCCGUGUUCCCCGGCUGCGACAAGGAUGGUCGGGAUUGUGCAAAGGAAAUGCAACCCUUCCUCGACAAGUUUGAACGUCCCAAAGCGUGA